AUGGUGAGGGAGUACAUCCCUCGAGCCAGAGUGCAUUUCGACAACAGAAUCGACAUAUUCACCGUUACCUAUGAGGGUUGGACGUGCUCAUUGGGAGUGUUCCCCGUAUCGAUCAAGAACGAAGACUUCCUGUCAAUUGCCAAUGAACCUCAGUGCGCCAUUGAAGCUCAGGAAAUCAAGCGAGAUGUACUGUCCAAUAGCGGUGAAGGAGGCUGCUUCUUUUUCUCUGUCGAGAGGUUUGACUACACCAAGGGUAUUAUGGAGAAGCUGAGAGCGUGGAAAAGGUAUGGUCUCAAAUUCCGUGAAGUCCGUAAUGUAGCAAUCUAUAGUAGAUCUCUUUCUAGGUAUUUUGAAAAGCAUCCAGAGAGGAAAGGCCUAGAUGUGCUCUACCAAAUUGCGGUCACAAACAGGCGCGCUGUGGAAUCGUACAAAAGAUAUCAGGACAGUUGCCUUGAGUUGGCGAAACAUAUCAACGAGACUAUUCGAAGUGAAUCACAUCCGGACUGGAGGCCACUGCGAUUCGAAACUGAUGGACUGCCUCGUACCCGUCUUAUCGCUCACUAUCUUGCCAUGGACAUCGGCGUCGUAACUCCAUCCAAGGAUGGCAUGAACCUUGUGGCAAAGGAAAUGAUGGUGUGCAAUCCAUCAGCCUCGCUUGUGCUUUCCUCGGGAGCCGGAACUGAAGUUAGUUGUGCGAAGCAGUCGUUCUAUUUAGGAUCCCUUUGA